AUGGCUAGUUGUGAUAGUUGGAGAGUUUUCUCGACAAUGAGAACGGCCGAGUCCUGGUGCAAGCAGUUCCUCGGCAUGCCGUGCUGGAAGAGAGACGACACCACCGCCGUCGCCCUCAGCGUCGACAAGCGCGCGGCCGAGCCCUGGUGCACCCAGUUCCUGGGCCAGCCGUGCUGGAAGCGCAACGGCGACGACACCAGCGCCGUGGAGAAGCGCGAAGCCGAGGCAGCAGCCGAGCCCGACCGGUUCUGCACGCGGUUCACAGGCUCCUCAUGCUGGAAGCGUGACGGCGGCGCCGUGGCGGCCGAGGAGGUCAAGCGCUGCUCAAGCGAAGGCCAGGCGUGCUGGAAGGCCAAGCGCGCCGCGGCGGCCGUCACCAAUGCCAUCGACGAGGGCAACGCCCAGAAGAUGGCCCGCGACGCCGACCCGGGUUGGUGCAGGCAGUUCCUCGGCAUGCCGUGCUAG